AUGAGCAGCCCCGGGAAGCUCAAAUCCUCAAGCUCCGAAUUGGACCUGGAUCGCCCCAACAUCGAAGAUUAUCUCCCUUCCGGAGCCUCCAUCCAACAAGAACCGCACGGCAAGCUUCGCCUGCGUGAUUUGCUCGACAUAUCGCCUACCCUUACCGAGGCUGCUGGAGCCAUUAUCGAUGACUCAUUCACAAGGUGCUUUAAGUCGAAUCCUCCAGAGCCAUGGAACUGGAAUGUGUAUUUGUUCCCUUUGUGGUGUUUUGGAGUGGUGGUUCGCUAUUUCAUUCUAUUUCCUGCGAGGGUUCUAGUAUUGACUAUCGGAUGGAUAAUUUUCCUUUCAUCCUUCAUUCCAGUGCACUUCCUGCUGAAAGGCCAUGAUAAAUUGAGAAAAAAUUUAGAGAGGUGUUUGGUGGAGUUGAUUUGUAGCUUCUUUGUUGCCUCUUGGACUGGGGUUGUAAAGUACCAUGGGCCACGGCCUAGCAUGAGGCCUAAGCAGGUUUUUGUGGCCAAUCACACUUCCAUGAUUGAUUUCAUCAUCUUAGAGCAAAUGACUGCAUUUGCUGUAAUUAUGCAAAAGCAUCCUGGAUGGGUUGGAUUGUUGCAAAGCACUAUUUUGGAGAGUGUAGGAUGCAUUUGGUUCAAUCGUUCAGAGGCAAAGGAUCGGGAAAUUGUUACAAAGAAAUUAAGGGAUCAUGUGCUGGGGGUUGACAAUAACCCUCUCCUUAUAUUUCCUGAAGGAACAUGUGUAAACAAUCACUACACAGUUAUGUUUAAGAAGGGUGCAUUUGAGCUUGGCUGCUCAGUUUGCCCUGUCGCAAUCAAGUACAACAAAAUUUUCGUUGAUGCUUUUUGGAACAGCAAAAAGCAGUCCUUCACAAUGCAUCUGCUACAGCUUAUGACGUCAUGGGCUGUUGUUUGUGAUGUGUGGUAUUUGGAGCCUCAAAAUAUUAGGCCUGGGGAGUCCCCCAUUGAAUUUGCAGAGAGGGUCAGAGAUAUAAUUUCUACGCGAGCAGGACUUAAGAAGGUCCCAUGGGAUGGUUACCUGAAAUACUCUCGCCCAAGCCCAAAGCACAGAGAGCGAAAGCAACAAAGCUUUGCUGAGUCCAUGCUCCGGCGCCUAGAGGAAAAGUGA